GCUGGUUAAGGGUAGAGAGGAGGACCCAGGCGGCCAGCUGGGUUGGAGCUGAGCUGGGUCGGGAUGGACGAGGACGUGCUGACCACCCUUAAGAUCCUCAUAAUCGGCGAGAGCGGGGUGGGCAAGUCCAGCCUGCUCUUGAGGUUCACAGAUGAUACUUUUGAUCCAGAACUUGCAGCAACAAUAGGUGUUGACUUUAAGGUGAAAACAAUUUCAGUGGAUGGAAACAAGGCUAAACUUGCAAUAUGGGAUACUGCUGGUCAGGAGAGGUUCAGAACAUUAACUCCCAGUUAUUACAGAGGUGCACAGGGUGUUAUAUUAGUUUAUGAUGUCACAAGAAGAGACACCUUUGUUAAACUUGAUAAUUGGUUAAAUGAAUUGGAAACAUACUGCACGAGAAAUGACAUAGUAAACAUGUUAGUUGGAAAUAAAAUUGAUAAGGACAACCGUGAAGUUGAUAGAAAUGAAGGCCUGAAAUUUGCCCGGAAGCAUUCCAUGUUAUUUAUUGAGGCAAGUGCAAAAACCUGUGACGGUGUACAAUGUGCCUUUGAAGAACUAGUUGAAAAGAUCAUUCAGACCCCUGGACUGUGGGAAAGUGAGAACCAGAAUAAAGGAGUAAAACUGUCACACAGAGAUGAAGGCCAUGGAGGAGGCGCGUGUGGUGGUUACUGUUCUGUGUUAUAAACUCUGGGAAAUUCCAUCUCUUGCAUAUUUGCUCAGAUAGUGACAUCUUUCUGUAUAUAAACUCUUUAACUGCUAUUUUAGGGACCUCGCAGUUUGCACAUAUUUGUUUUAUAUCAUGACGAUAAAUAAUUGCAGGAAAUCCCACUCAUUGGCUUUCCCAGGUAACAUGUUAUAUAGCAAGCAUGCAGUCUGCAGUCUACAGUUUUUUAUGUAACAUAAAAUAGGUGUACCUUAAUAAGUACAUUUGAUUUUAUGGUUUACAUUUAUCAUGUACUUUUUUAAAAAUACAUCUAUUUAGUAUAUGUUGAUACAAAGUCUGCUUUUGAUCUCCUUUUUCCCCCUCAAAUAUUCCUAUUAAUUAUUGAAUUAUUUGGUAUCUAGAACUCCUAGAAAUACUAGGAAGUAUCCUUAGAUCAUCAAAUCUGGCAAAUUGCCAUUCAGGAAUAACAAAGAGCAUGCUU